AUGGCUCCAAUCGUCAUCACGCAGCUAGCCACAGGUCUUAGCGUGUUGGCCGGUGCGAUCUUAGUGAAAUCGGUCAUGGACCAUAAGCCCAUGGCUGGUCAGUUCCCUCGUUGUCCGACUUGCAACGGUACGGGACGAGUCACGUGCUUCUGCACUCGGUGGUCCGACGGAGACGUUGGUUGUCGCAGGUGUUCCGGUUCGGGUCGUGCGGCUUGUACCAAUUGUGGUGGUUCUGGAACCGGUAAACCCUUACCGGUUCAGAUCACGGUUCCUCCACCGAAUCGCCAAUUAUAA